CGCUUUGUGUCCGCCUGGGAGAGCUGCGGCGGCGGAACUGGAGCGCUCUUUCAGCACCGCGGAGCUGCGGACAGCGCCUCUGCCUCGCCUUCCUCCCCUUCGGCCCCUGAAGCCAAGGCAGGGAAGGGAAGGGGCGAGGGCCGCCAUGGAGGAGGCGGGGGCGAGGGCGGCUUCCCAGCCUUCGGAGGAGGCGACAGCCAAGGCGAUGCGGCCGGAGGGAGCCAGAGAAAAAGUAAACCCAGCUGUUUGCCAGACCUGUCUUAACGUGCCAGAAGUCAGGAAGACUGAGCCAAGCUCCGGUGGCACUUUCUGGGAGAGGAGAUGCCCAGUUCAUCACUGCCUGAUCAGUGCUUCUCCCAUUGCUGCAAGGAGGACCCACCAAGCUUCUUCCAGUCAUAUGCAUGCCCCAAUCUCCACUCGAUCCAAUGGCCAGCUGCCUUCUGGUUCCCAGGACUCGUUUCAGCCUCAGUUCUAUUACCCUUGCAACCAGCAAGAAACCAGAAGUAAUUACGCCUUGCCUCCUCUGCCUGGGCAUGGGGAGAGAGCCACGUUGUGCUCCCAUCGUUCCAGUGCCGAUUCCUCAUCCACUUCAAGGCAUGAUGACACCGCCGAAGGUCGAUGGAAAGAGUGGUCCCGUGACCAGCAGCCCUUACGGCCGGUUCAGCAUCACAUUGUAACCGUCAGACAUGACAAAGCGUUCAGGAUGCCAAAGAGCUUGUCCCAAGUAAUUGCGGAGUGGCCAGUUGUUGUCUUAGUGCUCUGCUUGGUGACAGUAUUGGUCUGUACUUUGGUGGGCUUGUUAGUGGGGAAUUUGCCAGAUUUUUCUGAGCCCUUGAUGGGUUUUGAGCCACGAGACACUGAUAUUGGCAGAAAACUCAUGGUCUGGAAAAACCUGAAAAGCCAGACAGGCUACAAAAAGACACUUUCUUUUUUCCCUCCUACUGAAAACAGCUAUGGGGACAUGGGCAUGAAUAGAGGGCAGAGAUCAAUACACAACGAACAAGAAGCAAGAAUCAAGAGGAUGGUGGAGCCAAACUAUGAAAAAGAUGGAUUUUUUUGUGGGCCUCCAGGGAAGAAUUAUUCUCAGCUGGUAUUUAUGUCCACAACUGCUGGGAGCUUAUGGAAUUUGCAAGCAAUACAGUCCAUGUGUCAAAUGGAGCAAGACAAGAUUCGGUCUCAUCCACAGUUUGGGAGUCUUUGCCAGCGUACUGAAGCCAAUGAAUGCUGUCCAAGUUGGUCUCUUGGGAACUACAUCGCUGCCCUGUACAACCGGUCCUCUUGUUUAGAGAUCACCCAGGCAGAUGUCUCCCACACCCUUGCCCUCCUGCGUUCUUGUGCCCCUGAUUAUCACAGAGGCGUCCUUGUCCCUCCUUGCAUGGGUCCCAAGACUGAAAGAGACAAACAUGUACAGUGUUCCAAAGUCCCGGAGAAAUGCACUCGGUUCCAUGCCAUUUACCAGCUCCUUCAUUUUGUAGUUGACAGAGAUUUUCUAAGCCCACAGACAGUGGGAUACCAAGUGCCAACCCUGAAAUACAGCUUGCUGUUUUUGCCUACAGUGAAAGGAGCGUCCAUGAUGGGUAUCUACCUGAACAACCUUGAAUCCUGGGACUUGUUUGACAAUUACACCUCCAUCACCGGUAUGGACCUGGGCCUUAAGCAGACACUAUUCCAGCACUACCUUUUACUGGAUACUAUGUAUCCAGCCAUGGCAAUACUGGCCAUAUUUCUAAGCAUAUUUUUUUAUUCACGCUCAAUCUUUAUUACUUUUGUCAUCGUGAUGAUUGUGUUUGGUACCUUGAUGAUUUCCUAUUUCUUGUACAAGGUGGCCUUCCGAUUCUCUUACUUCCCUUUUGUAAAUCUGACAGCGAUUGUCAUUCUCAGCAGUCUUUGUGCCAACCACACCUGUGUUUUCUUUGACCUCUGGAACCUUAGCAAGAGCCAGAACCCAUCCGCGGGGCUUUUGCAGUGGGUAAGACUAACCAUGCAUCAUUUUGGUUAUCUCAUGCUGGCAUCCUGCCUGACCACUGGUGCUGCUUUUUACACCAGCUAUACAAGUUACAUAACUGCCACCCGCUGCUUUGCCAUCUACAUGGGCACCUCUGUCCUGGUGCACUUGGUAUUCAUGUUGACAUGGUUGCCUUCCUCUGUUGUGCUGUAUGAGCGUUACCUAGCAAGAAACUGCAUUUGUAAAUCAGAAGAUUAUUGGAAUAACCAUGGGCAGAAGAGUAUCAUUCUCUCUUUCUGUCACAUCCUUGGGAGUAUCCAGAACACCUGGAGUGAAACCUCCAAGUUAUUAUUUGAGAAAGUUCUUCCUUGCGGGGUAAUUAAGUUUCGUUACAUCUGGAUCUGCUGGUUUACUGCCAUGGCUUUAGGAGGGGCCUACAUUUCAUGUCUGAACCCCAGAUUAAAACUCCCCACUCUAGAACUGUCAUCUCUGCAGGUUUUCAGGUUAAGCCACCCCUUUGAGAGGUAUGAUGCUGAAUACUGUAAUGAAUUCAUGUUUGAACGGCUAGAACAAGGUGAAGACUUGCCGAUGCCUGUCAUUAUGGUAUGGGGUGUUCUCCCUGUAGAUAACGGAGACCACUUUAACCCCAAGAGUAAUGGCACCCUGGUAAUGGAUACAGCAUUUACAGUGGAAAAUCCUGAAGCACAAAGGUGGUUGUUGGACUUUUGCCAAAAAGUAAAGAAUCAGACUUUUUACUAUUCUGACCUGGAACAAAAACCCACCAUUUGCUUCAUGGAGGAAUUCCAGCGGUGGAUGGACAGCCGCCAGUGCUCCAAGCGAGACCAUAGUUUCAAUCUUUGCUGCAACCACUUCUCCUUCCCUUAUGGCAGAGAAGUCUUCCUCCAUUGCAUCAAGAUGAUGGUCAUGGAACAAAACCGAGAGGAGGCAGAAGCUCAUGACUCGGGCCUGCGGUUUGAUGAAAAGGGCAAUAUUGUUGCUCUGGUGCUAGAGUUUCAAACUGUUCACUAUUACAGCUUCAAUUAUAGCAAGGUCAAACAUUUCUAUGAUGAAAUUGGCCUCUGGAUACGGGAAGAGAUGAAGGCAGCCCCCAUGGGGCUUCAGAAUGGCUGGUUCACCAGUAAGCUAGAACUCUAUAAUCUCCAGCACAGUGUGGACACAGAGAGCAUGGUAGUGUUGGGUUUGUCCAUAGUCAUCUGUUUUGUGGUUCUUUUGCUCACAACUUGGAAUGUCCUUCUCAGUGUGUUCUCUGUUGCAGCCAUUGCAGGCACUGCUCUAGUAACUGUUGGGCUUCUGGUUCUUCUGGAAUGGCAGCUCAAUGCUGUGGAGUCUCUUUUCAUCUCAGCAGCUGUGGGCCUCUCUAUUGACUUCACAGUGAACUACUGUAUUUCCUACCACUUGUGUUCACACUCGGAUCGCUUGAGCCGUGUAGCUUUCUCCUUGAAGCAGAUGAGCUGUGCUACAGUCAUGGGGACCUCUGCUCUGUUUUCUGCAGGCAUCAUUAUGUUGCCUGCUAAUGUGCUGGCAUAUCGUAAACUGGGCAUCUUCAUGAUGAUGCUCAAGUGUAUCAGCUGUGGCUUUGCAACUUUUUUCUUCCAGUCUCUUUGCUGCUUCUUUGGACCAGAGAAGAACUGUGGACAAAUUCGUUGGCCUUGCACUCGUGCUAUGAAGGACUAUUCAGAUGGUCCCAGUUCAUCCAACAGAACUUUUACUUGUGGAAGGAAUGAGAAACAGAUCAGAACACAAAAAAGCCAGGAAUCCAACAGUACAAAUGAACAAUAUGAGCUCCAGCCUUUAGCUAGAAAACUUAGUGAUAGCUUUGACAAUAGCACCUCCACAAGCAAGCUAUCUAACCGCCCCUCUGUCUUAUCUGAAGAUAUUCAACUCCAAGACAGUAGGUGCCCUAGGAUGGAAAUCCACACUUCCUUUGAAAGAGACAGGCAUAGUAUUGAACCAGCUGAGGGAUGCCACACAACUCUUUGCCAGUGUCCAGCCUUGCAAACAUCUUCUCCUUAUAAAGAUGGGAAAGACUCAGGAACGGAAACUGAAAGCCAUCAAGAUGAGCUUUGCAGAGUCUGUAGAUGUCAAAAAUAUGCCCCCCAAAAAUGGGAACAUCUUCAGUCAACCACAACAAUAGGUGACGAUAGGCUACUCAGUAAGUCACAUUGCUCAAGCAACACCGAUCAACAAAAAUCCGAUUAUACCUCAGAAAACAGUAAUCUACCAGAAACUGGACUGUAUGAUCUCCACAGAUGCCUUUAUUCCACUGGCAGCUCUUUCAGUGUCCAGAAUGUCUCCAGUGAGACCUCCCUCAGUGACUUUGAACCAAGCAUAAAACUUGUGGAAUCAGCCAGUUCUUGUCCCGGCCAUUUAAACAUAGCCGAUUCUUGUUGUUCAACUCAGAGAGGCCAUUUGAAUGGAAAGAGAGACACACUGAAACUGGACCUGAGGGAAACGGUCUUUGAUACGACUGCAUCCGCAUCACACCAACUCAGCGGUUUGAGGAGGAUUCGGUUAGGAGGAUUAGGGGCUGAGGAGGAGCCCGUUGUUCUCCCAAACAGCAAGCCAGAUAUGCCUGAUGUUUGGAUCAAGCGGUCCAGUGUGCAAAACUCGAGGUACUAAAAGGGAAAUCUCAGAGGAAACAAAGGCUACAUUAGGAGCAAGGAAAAUAAAUGUCCCUUUUGAACAGCACGCAUGUAACUGUCUGCGCUCUGACAUGAGAACAAAGCGUGCUGUUACAGUACAGCGAAAGUGACACAUUUUUACAAAGCCAGCAAAUCUGAUGUGGAUUAGAAGCAAAUGUUAAUGCUGCGUCAGCUGCUCAGAUGCCUACUCAGUAGUCAGUGCCGUACUCCCAAUUAUACCGUAGGAUUAUCAAGCAAGAGUUGUCUGUCAUUCUCUCUAGAGCAAUUUGUUUUGGCGUGCCAUUCCUGUGAGGAAUCAAUGGAGAGGCAUGGUGAUUAGAGGAAUAAACAGCUCAAUAGAUAUUGAGAGACAGAGAGAUCUUACAUUAAAAAGUAUUUGGUGUGACGAGUCGCUGUCACGUUGCAGCUGACUGAUUGAAUAUUGUUGACUCAACAGAUAUAGUGUCUUUUUUGUUAAAAUACCAUUUUACCAUCAUCAUACAAAUAUCCUUAUGAAAUAAAUAUUAAAAAGGGUAAACAUGUCUCUUGGGCAUUUUCAGAGGAUAUUUAUCAGAACCUCUUUUUAAAAAUCUCUACAUAUAUUUUAACAAUUUACUCUAAAUUGAAAGUUUUGGUGGAUUUCCUUUCCCCUGCCCAAAAAAUAUAUUUAAAGUUUGGCAUAACUGUUUUUCUUGUAGUUUUUCAUUCUUUCGUUCUGAGUAAUUUGUAUUUUACUGUGGAGGGUGGUAUUCAUGCUAGAUGUUCUGCUCAAAACUGUACAUAGAUUUUUAGGUUUGCCUAUCUAUGGAAGCCUGGAUUUUUCUUUUUCUGUUGGCCCAGAGCUGUGAGACAGCCCUUAACCCUUUCAACAACCACAAUUUGUUUUUUCAUCUGUCUAAUUAAAUGGUAACCCAGCAUUAACAAAUAAACUUCAUGUUUUUUAAA